AUGAAAAUGACUAUUAAGAAAUCAAACAAAUUGGCACAAGUAACAAUUCUGAAGCAGAUCCUAAGAAGAUGUUCAAGCCUAGAAGAAAAAGACAAGAAUUGUCUUCCUCAUGAUGUUCCUAAAGGUCAUUUUGCUGUUUAUGUUGGAAAAAACAGGAGUAGAUAUGUUGUUCCAAUUUCUAUCCUUAAUCAACCUGAGUUUCAGUGUCUUCUUAGGCAAGCAGAAGAAGAAUUCGGUUUUGAUCAUGACAUGGGUCUUACUCUUCCUUGUGAAGAAGUUGUCUUUGUAUCUCUUACAUCUAUGUUGAAACCUACAUAUUUGAGUUACUAUUCCGAUUAUUUUCUAGUGGACUGUACGUAUCAUUAA